AUGAGAUAUUUGAGUCAGUCUGAGAAAAUAAUUACUCUUGGUGAAGUCGAUGAGGGUAUAUGUGGUACCCAUCAAGCUGGUGAAAGAAUGAAGUGGGUAUUGCGACGUGAUCAAGUGUAUUAUUCGUCUAUGGUCAAAGAUUGCAUUGAUUAUGCAAAAGCAUGUCAAGAGUGUCAGAAGCAUGGAGUAAUACAACAAAUUUCUACUUCUAAAUUGCAUUUGAUUAUAAAGCCUUCUCCAUUUAGAAGAUGGACAUUGGAUUUAAUUGGAAUGAUUCACCCUCCAUCAUCUAAAAAUCACAAAUUUUUUUUAGUAGCGAUUGACUAUUUUACAACAUGGGUGGAAGCUAUCCCUUUGAUAGAAGUUGGUCAAAAUGAGAUUAUCAAUUUCACAGAGGAACAUAUAAUUUAUCAAUUUAGAAUUCCUCAAACUUUAAGUACUGAUCAAGGCACAAUGUUUACUGGCCAACGUAUAAAAAAUUUUGCAACAUCAAAGAAUAUAACUAUGGUGACUUUGACCCCAUAUUAUGCACAAGCAAAUGGUCAGGUUAAAGCAGCAAAUAAGAUUUUAAUUAGUUUAAUUAAGAAACAAAUUGGCAAAAAACCUCACACUUGGCAUGAAACUUUGAGUCAGGUGUUAUGGGCUUAUCGAAAUUCAGUAAGAGGUUCGAUAAACACGUCUCCUUAUAAAUUAGUUUAUGGCCAUGAUGCAAUUUUACCUUUAGAAAUUAAUCCUAAUACUAUAAGGGUGUUGCAUCAAGAUGAAUUACCAGUUGAAGAUUAUUAG